AUGCUCAACGAGUACGGUAAGAUAUUGCUGCAGCAGAUCGAGCAGCAGCGGCAACAGAGACUACGGCAGCGAGCCGAGGAGCGAGGGCUUCCCAUUCCUUCUGAGGCGCAGCAAGGAUCUGUAACAGCGGCUCCAUUAACCCAAGUGGCCUGCGCCAGCUCUGAGUUCGUUCCACCUUCUGGUUCCAGGGGGAGCAGCGAACCCCCGGUCAAAGCUCAAGUAAGCCCCUACAGUUGGCACACAUUUGCUGCAAAACUUCACAUUGCUGGAAAAAAACAUCUAAUGUGUCUGACUUCAAAUCCGGUGCAUGACUCCUGCUUUAACACCGUUCUUAUGUCGCAAAUAUGCACUGCUGCCCUACCCGAGAAAGCGAAUACGGUCAUACAACAAGCUGCAGCACAGCACAACGUUGACUUGGCCAACGCGAUGCAAUCGCUAAUAAAUAUAGCUCCGCUACUUGUUCAUCGAGUUCCACCGCAAACUGCACCUACCGAUGGAAUCAUUCCAACACCUUGCAUACCAUCUGUAGUUUCUGCUCCAUUGAUGAAUCAGCAACCCGUCAUUCUCCAACCUACAGCUCUUCUACACCCUUCUGUUUAUUCCAUGAAUCCACAGCAGCUGCAGCAACCGUCUAAGAACCUUGGUAACGACUUUCAGACUGCUUGUGCCAUUCGCGAAUAUGGUCAGUCAAGCAAUUGCAACGGCCUUCCCGCAUUAAUGAUGAGAGCCUAUGUAUCAUCUUCCCAUAUCCCAUUGUCGUUCAGCGGAGCGCCCAGUAGUUCUACCAAAGUUGGUGACCCUGCUGUAGCAACUGGUGGUGUUCCACGGACCGAACAAGCCUAUGACACAGUAAAACCACCUCAGUUUGGACCUUUAAUUGGCGCCACCGAUGUAGACAUUAGUCAUCAGCGCGUUCAAACUGCCAAAAAGCGAUACCAGGAGGAUCUCCUCCGGCAGAUGAAAGAAAGGGAAGCUCAGCGUGAGGAAGAAAAGGCUAGACGGAGACGGGAGGACGAAGAAGAGCUGAUCCGUCUAAGCAAAGAGAUAGAACAAGAGCGGCUCGAAAAGGAGGAGGAAGAGGCACGGCAACUCUGCAAAUCAAAGCAGCUGGCUGCGGCUAAUGUUGCCGCUGCCGGAUCACCGAAGCAGCAACGAUCUCAUCAGCUUCAAAACUACAGUUUGGAAAAUGCCAUUAACGAAUCAAAUCGUCAAGCGCCUGCCAGAACCAGAUUACUGCUCCGAGGAGAGGAAUUCAGCCAGCCACAGCAGGAAAGCACUUUGAAGCAUGGGGAUAGCUCAUUUUCGCAGUUCUUCAACGAUACCGUGGCGGAGACGUCUGGUUCAUGCUUCGAUAAACCUGGCCGACGAAUGCGUGGGGCUGGAGCUGAAGCUGAACAGCUUCUAAUAUCAGAUCUCGAGCGUCUCAAGGCUGAACUGAGGGCCCAAAUAGAAGAAAUGCGGUGCCUACAAUUUCAGCAGCGUCAGGUCUUGCAGCAGGUAAAUCAAGAAAACGCUUUACGGAACUCUUGUAAUGGAUGCUGUAAGCAAAAGUGGACACCAAAUGCGGUGGAUGGUCCCGCUAGCAGCUUAUCGGGUCAUCCUUGGGCAAUGUCUGUUCCAACACAAACGUCAAUUGAGCAGCCAACACUCCGAAACCAAUGUGCUCAAAUCCGACUAGCUCUAAAAAAUGCAGGGGUAACCGAUUUAGAUCAUUUAGUGCUGCGGCUAGCGGAGAGCACGGCCGCUCCCACAGGCUACGAUGCUGCCAGUCGUGAUACAAUUCUCUUUAAGCAGGACACUGGAGAAAUAAAUCCUGCAGCAUAUAAUGCACUAGCUCCAAGAGCUCGACUGGCCUCUGUCAAGGAGGAUGGUACAUUGAAGGUGCAUCACUGCAACCCAGUGGAGAAUUCAUUUUCACAUGGCAUGCAAAAAGACAGCGGUCGCUCAUUUCAAAUGGAUGCAGCAAGCUUCUCCCGACAAUCAACAAAAGACAAAUGCUCCAAUGAUAAAAGAAAAGGCUCUUCUAUUGGAGACCCGGAGGAACGUCCACUACCAACUCUUCUAAAGCUUCAACAGCAAGGGGAGCGUGACCAGCGUGAUGCUGUUCUACAGCAACAGUGCACAAAGAUACAGCAAGUAGACAGACACCUCAAGGGCAACACAGGGGCACCCAACCACGAGCCCCACCCUGACUCACAAGAAAUCGAUACAGGCUGCAAACGACAUGAACAGCAACCGCUUCAAUGCAUGACUGUCAAGGAGACCCAUGUAUGCAACACACCAGAGAGCCCUCCUGGCCGAAAGUGGCAGCUGAACAAAUUGUGGGCCCGAUUGUCUCAAAGUGUGCCUCCACCAGCACAAAACCACCCUAGGAGACGUCGCCCUGAUGGCGAGGACAACUAUGUGUGGUCUCUUAGCAGUAGCUGGUGCACUAGCGACUGCGAAUCAGAGCUUCCUUGUCAAACUGUCUUCUUACCCUAUGAUUCCGGACUCAGCAAAUCGCCAAAGGAGCUGGAGCAAAGUCAAAAACAUUUGCCGAGGGGAAUUGAUACCAUGGCAAAAAACGGUUGGCUUCCAGCUAGCCAAAUGGAAAGCCUAGGAAUAUCCACCGUUCAAACUGCGACACCGGAAGAAUGUAGCCGCCUGACUAAGCCAGCACAAGACUUCUGCAUGACACGCCUCUUAAUGCUCAAUGAAUGCCAUUCCUACAAGGGGAAUAGAGCUCAACAAGAAAAUGCUGGAACCCCAGUAAAUAUGGGAGACCAAGCAAGCCGGCCCAACCCCUUUUUGCUAUACCGGGAGGCCCAGCCGACAGUGCCUAUAACUAACACAGAUUGCGGAUCCAGCAUGAAUACUAUGGAAGAGGGACUCUUCUGUGGAACGGAUUAUCGACAGCUAUGUAGGGCACUAAGCGUCAAUAGUGCGCCUUUACAUCUCCAGCAUCUCCAUAAACUUGACUGCCAAAUUCGCCAACAGUACAACGCUUGCCUAUCCCCCAAAGAGAGAAGCUUCCGCCACCUCCACGCCAUAGCAAACCAGCAACGGGUUUAUGAGAAUUGUCGGAGAGGGGCGUCACAGCAGCGUGCUAAGGAACGAUUCAAGUCGAGGCUUUCAUGGGAAGCUGAUACUGCAUUUCCUGUCGAUGAAGGUUCCCCCGCUCUGUCACACGUGGUGCAAAGACAAGUCCACACCUUUGGGCCGCGUCCUUUUGCACCACUUCUUGAGCGGCCUCUAGCCUUUGCUACUGACCAUGGGGACGGAAGUAACAGAACAGGAAAUCCUGAGUCCUUUAAACCCACUCCCUCAAAACCACCCAACAAGCACGUGCCUCCUCCACCAAACCAUAGUCAAUCCUUAUCAUUAAGCACGUCUACUAAGAAGCGAACGCGUCUUAGCCGAGUUCUUGGCGGUAUGCUCCUACGGAAUAGCUCAAAACUACGCCAGUAA